AUGUGGAAGAAUGAGCCAGGAUAAUGAGGGACAACGGGGGGUCAUAGUGAACACCGCCAGCAUCGCCGCUUUUGAUGGGCAGGUCGGGCAAGCGGCGUACGCGGCCUCCAAAGGAGGAAUUGUAUCGAUGACGCUGCCCAUCGCUCGGGAUCUGGCUCCGCUCGGAAUUAGAGUUGUCACCAUCGCUCCCGGUCUAUUUGCGACCCCGCUCCUGAUGGGACUUCCUGAAAGGGCGAGAGCGUUCCUGGCCCAGCAGGUCCCCUGCCCCAGCAGACUGGGCCAUCCUGACGAGUACGCCCACCUGGUCCAAUCCAUUGUGGAGAACUCCAUGCUGAACGGAGAGGUGAUCCGCCUGGACGGGGCCCUUCGUAUGCAGCCUUGA